AUGCGAAAAUAUGGAGUCCACCACCACCUAUCCACACCUUAUCACCCACAAUCCAAUGGCCAGACUGAAAUCUCUAAUAGAGAAAUCAGGGCGAUUCUAGAGAAGACGGUCAAUCCCAUGAGGAAAGAUUGGAGCCGUCGACUGGAGGACGUACUCUGGGCCUACAGGACAGCGUUCAAAACGCCUAUUGGAAUGUCCCCAUACCGAAUGGUAUUUGGGAAGAUAUGCCAUCUGCCGGUGGGGGUUGAGCAUCAAGCAUACUGGGCGAUCAAGGAAAUGAAUAUAAAUAUCGAGGUCGGAGCUGCAGAAAGGAGAAUGUUGUUACAGAAGCUGGAAGAGCUUCGCCUGGACGCCUAUGACUCUGCCAUGUGUACCCGUGCUGAUAGUGAUAACCAAGAAACCUCCUCACAAGUCCAUAUAGAAAACCCUAGCCCACCUACACCAACCACCGCUCCACCCCAAACAAGCGCCGCCACUCCACUACCCGAGGUGGACGAAGAAGCUUAA